AUGGCGGCGCGGGGAUAUCAGAUGAAGUGCUCCAUUGUCAGGAGGGUGCUUGCGCAACACCGCGGCCUGGCGACCGCGUCAGGACCUGCUGUACGCAUUCUCGAAGUUGGACCGCGCGAUGGGCUGCAAAACAUCAAGACCUCGGUCCCAACUGCCACAAAGAUUGACAUGAUUAAUCGCCUGGCAGGAACUGGUCUGAAGGAUAUCGAGGCAACUUCUUUCGUAUCGCCGAAAUGGGUGCCGCAGCUCGCAGAUGGCGCCCAGGUCAUGGAAGCAAUCAUGCCCCUGGCGAACACCGGCUUGAGACUGCCGGUGCUUACCCCAAAUUUGAGAGGGCUUGAGAACGCGGCCAAAGCUAAUGCGAAAGAGGCUGUUGUCUUUGCAUCUGCUACGGAGGCGUUCAGCCGAAAGAACCAAAACUGCUCAGUCGACGAGGCCCUGAAUCACGCAGAGACCGUGGCCAAAGCAGCAAGGGAGCAAGGCCUAGCGGUCCGAGGUGUCAUUUCAUGCAUCUUUUCGGAUCCAUAUUCCGGCCCUACAAAUCCUGAGAGCGUCUUGUAUGUUGCACAGCGCUUCUUAGACAUGGGCUGCCACGAGGUUGGACUGGGUGAUACUCUUGGCGUUGGUACUUCGACAGAUACGGAGCGCCUUCUCGAGUUCCUGCUGCGGAAGAUACCUGCGGAAUUCCUGGCUGGUCACUUUCACGAUACAUAUGGUCAAGCGGUGGCCAAUGUUGUGAAGGCGUACGACAUGGGUUUGAGAUCCUUCGAUAGUAGCAUAGCUGGGCUAGGUGGCUGUCCUUACGCGAAAGGGGCCAAGGGCAACGUCGCAACAGAAGACAUUGUGUACACAUUCGAGCAAUCUGGCAUAAGUACCGGAAUCGACCUAAAGAAGCUAGCCGCGGUUGGGGAUUGGAUCUCAAAGCAACUGGGAAUUCCCAACAACAGUCGAGCAGGUGCUGCACUACAUGCGAUGGCACAAGACAUGCCAUUGAACAAUGCGCCGGUGACAAAGCCGGUCCACUCCCCGGGUUCGAAGCGGCAAUGGCAGAAGAUCGAGAAAACAGAAGGCUUCUCCGUCCAGAGGUCUGGCAGCGCCGUCAAAGUCACCCUGACCCGGCCUAACAACGGCAAUGCUAUGACCACAAGUAUGGUGGACGAGCUAACUUCCUUGUUCAGAGGUUAUGCCAAAGAUCGGUCUAUUUUCCAUAUCAUCCUUGCUGCCGAGGGCAAGUUCUUCUGCACUGGUAUGGACUUGACGGGAGACAGUCGUGAUGACAAGGACACGUAUUUCAAGAAGAUUGUGGACAUGUUUGAGGCAGUCGACAAGGCGCCACAAACCACGAUCGCAGCGAUACAGGGUGGUUGUUUCGGCGGCGGCACCGGCCUAGGCUUUGCAUGCGACAUCCGACUCGCAACAUCUCAGGCCAAGUGGCAACUGACCGAGAUCAGACUCGGACUAUCUCCGGCUAUCAUAUCAAAGUACCUGGCCAGAGAAUGGGGCCUCCCCUUCCUGCGCGAGGCAAUGCUUACGGGCAGAGAAGUAAGUCCUGCACAGCUUCAAAGGAUCGGCGCAGUCCACGGUGUUGCAGAUGAUGCUGCCGGGCUCGAGACGAUGCUCGAUGAGUAUCUCGACAAGCUCGACAAGUGCGCCCCACACUCCGCAUCAGUUUGCAAGGAACUCAUGAACGUGGCUUGGACGGACCCAGAUGGACAGCGCCAGGACUCGGUCAUUCACCGGAAAUUCCAGGACAUGAUGCUCCCAGGCUCGGAAGGGGAGUAUGGCAUCCGGCAGUUCCAGAAGAAGAUCAAGGAUAUUGACUGGAGUGCCUUCUGGAAGGAGAAGGCUAAGCUCUGA